UGAUUGGAUGUUACAAAACGUGUUUCAAAGAACAUUUCCUGAUACUAAUACAGUCAUUGUAUAACAAGCGGUAGCUUCUUGGAAGUCAAAGGUUAACGUUCCAGAUGUUCAACAAUAGACCGAUAACAUGGGGUGCUUCAUAAAUCAAAGAUCCUGGAUGUUUGCAGUAUUGUUGCUGCACUGCAGUAUAGAAUAUUUGAGAGCAAGUGAUCAUACUGAUCCAAGGCCCAAUUUUAUCUUGAUGAUGGUAGAUGAUCUGGGUAUUGGUGAUAUUGGAUGUUACGGCAACAACACUGUGAGAACUCCCAAUAUUGACAGGCUAGCCCAGGAGGGAGUGAAGCUGACCCAGCACAUCGCUGCAGGUCCGUUGUGCACCCCCAGCAGAGCUGCCUUCAUGACAGGCAGAUACCCCAUUCGAUCAGGCAUGGGCAGCACUGGGAGGGUUCAGGUUAUUCUGUGGACUGGGGCUUCUGGUGGACUUCCUCCAAAUGAAACAACCUUUGCGACUAUACUACAGAAACACAAUUACUCAACUGGGAUUGUAGGAAAAUGGCACCUGGGAGUGAACUGUGACAGUCGAAAUGAUAACUGCCAUCAUCCUGUUAACCACGGCUUUGAUUACUUCUAUGGACUGCCUUUCACCCUCUUCAAUGAUUGCAAACCAGGCGAAGGGACAGAUAUUCUGGCAGACAUGCAAGCUGUCUUCAGACAAGCCUCACAAGUGCUGGGCCUGGCCCUGCUUACACUGCUCAUUGCACGGCUCACUGGCUUCUUUCUUGUCAGCUGGAAGCUCAUAGUGCUGCUCACUAUUACUGUACUUGUGGGUAUCUGCUCAUGGUAUGUACCCUUUGCACUUGUCCAGACCUGGAACUGUAUUAUCAUGAGAAACCAAGACGUCAUUGAGCAGCCUCUGACCCUGGAAACUCUCUCACAAAGACUUUUGAAAGAGGCAGAGUACUUCAUAGAAAGAAACCAGCAAAGACCAUUUUUUCUGUUUAUUUCAUUUGCUCAUGUCCACACUCCGUUGUUUAAAUCUAAGGACUUUAUGGGUAAAAGCCAGCAUGGCUUGUAUGGGGACAAUGUGGAAGAGGUGGACUGGAUGGUAGGCAGAAUAACAAAUGUGGUUGAAAGGUUGGGCCUGUCAAACAAGACAAUGAUGUAUUUUACAUCUGACCACGGAGGCCAUCUUGAGGAUUCGGACUCCAGUGGACAGAAGGGGGGCUGGAACGGGAUCUAUAAGGGUGGAAAAGGUAUGGGAGGCUGGGAAGGUGGUAUCCGGGUUCCUGGUAUUUUCAGAUGGCCUGGAACACUGUCCCCCGGCAGUGUGAUUGAUGAACCCACCAGUCUUAUGGAUGUGUUCCCAACACUAGUGAAUCUGGCUGGAGGAGAAUUGCCAAAAGACAGGAUUAUUGAUGGCCAUGACCUAAUGCCUCUGAUGGUGGGUCAAGUCCUGCGCUCAGAGCACGAGUUUAUGUUUCAUUAUUGUGGAAUUUAUUUAAAUGCAGUUCGAUGGCACCCACACAAUAGUGAUGCUAUCUAUAAGGCUCAUUUUUUCACUCCGAAUUUCAGCCCGGAAGGAGCGGGCGGCUGCUAUACAAUUCAUAUUUGCCGGUGCGAUGAAGGGUUUGUCACUCAUCACAACCCCCCUUUACUUUUCGACCUUUCAAAGGACCCCUCGGAAAGUACACCCCUGUCCUCUGAUGAAGAGCCACUGUUCUUCGAAAUCAUGCAGAGGAUACAGGGGGCUGUGAAAGAACACAAGGAAACGCUGACACAAGUACCGCACCAGCUUUCCUGGAAUAAUAUCCUGUGGAAACCGUGGCUGCAGCCUUGUUGUGGGACCUUCCCUUUCUGCUCGUGUAUUGAAAAAAACACAACCAUAUAAAUAUCAGCAUAGGUGGCAGGUAACGGAGAACAACUGGAAUAUUUGUAAACAUGGAUAGAAUGAAUUCUAAUUAAAACACAUUGAUUUGCAAUUAUAGCUAUUGGUCCUUUUCUGAGAAAUUUGUUUUUUUACAAAAUGUAUUGUGUUACUGUAGCAUUAAGAACUCCGAGUCUCACUGGACCAAAUGUGUUGCCUUUUAAAUGAAUUGAGAAUACAUGUGUCAUCAAUCAAACGGCUACCUCUGGCAAGAUGUUUGGUAUUUAUUUUAUGAUUUUGAUUUGAACGCUGAGGAUUGAUUGCUCGUCGUUCUUGUUAUUGACGAAAACUCCUCAAAGGUAAAUUAGAAAAAGAGACGUAGGACUGCAAGUAGUUUGUAAUAGCCUUGUUUGAUACUACAGCUUGCUGAAUUGCCCUCAUAUUCUUUUAGUCCUGUUUGUUGGCAAUAUAAAUCAGCAGAUGGUGCGGUUUGUCCAAUAAAUCUUGCA